CCUUCCCUCCCAUACAGGAAGCUGCAUUUCUAACCAGCUAACUGUCAACAAAGGGCAAAACUGAAAGGAGAAAACAGCCCCAAGCAAAAGUCAGCGCGAUAGCUGACUGUUUAUUGGUUGUCUUAUCAGUUAAAUUAACGGAUCUGUGAGGGGAAUCGUGAAUAUGGCGACCACUGCUCAACUGUUCGAGGAACCUUUUGACGCAGAUGAGUACAUUGAGAGGCUGGCAUGGAGGACUCCAGGUGGAGGCUCUAAAGGAGGAGCUGAGGCUUUUGAUCCCAAAAGGCUGUGUGAUGAGUUUAAGUGCCACAUCGAGGAGCUGAAGCAGCUAGAUGAGAAGAUCCAGCGGAAGGUGGAGAAGCUGGAGCAUCAGUGUCAUCGUGAAGCAAAGGAAUUUGCCCACAAAGUGCAAGACUUGCAAAGAAGCAACCAGGUGGCCUUCCAGCAUUUCCAAGAGCUCGAUGAGCACAUCAGCUACGUGGCCACCAAGGUGUGUCAUCUUGGCGACCAGUUGGAAGGGGUGAACACUCCUCGCCAAAGGGCCGUGGAAGCGCAGCGGCUCAUGACCUACUUCAACGAGUUCUUGGAUGGCGAGCUACGCAGCGACGUCUUUAAUAACCCAGAGAAGAUUAAGGAGGCUGCUGAUAUCAUUCAGAAGCUGCAUCUCAUUGCCCAGGAGCUGCCGUUCGACAGGUUUGCAGAUGUCAAGGCAAAAAUAGCAAGUAAAUACCAUGACCUGGAGCGGCAGUUGAUCCAGGAGUUUACCGCAGCCCAGCGCAGAGGGGAAAUCGGUCGCAUGCGGGAGGUUGCAGCGGUUCUUCUACAUUUCAAGGGUUAUGCACACUGUGUGGACGUCUAUAUUAAGCAGUGUCAGGAAGGCGCCUACAUUAGGAAUGAUGUGUUUGAGGACACAGCAGCCCUCUGCCAGAGGGUCAACAAGCAAGUGGGCGAGGUCUUCAGCAGUCCAGAGACAGUCAUGGCCAAACUCAUCCAAAACAUCUUUGAAAACAAGCUUCAGGCUCAUGUUAGGGGAAAACUGGACGAGACCCGACAUUCAGAUGUGGAGCAGUACCUAAAGAACCUCUACGACCUUUACAUCAGGACCACAGCGUUGGCGACAAAGCUGGGAGAAUACAACCUGGGCUCAGAUAAGCACACAUUCCUGUCCAAGCUGAUAAAGAGCAUUUUUUCCUCUUAUUUGGAAAGUUACAUUGACAUGGAAAGGGAAUACCUUCGCACUCGGGGUGCUAUGAUCCUGCAGCGAUACUAUGACUCCAAGAACCACCAGAAGCGUUCUUUAGGUUCUGGCAGUAUUCAAGAGCUAAAGGAGCGGAUCAGACAACGCACCAAUCUGUCUCUGGGUCCAAGCAUUGACACCCAUGGGGAGACCUUCCUGUCCCCGGAACUGGUUGUGAACCUGUUACAGGAGACCCGCCAUGCUUUCGAGAGGUGUCACCGGCUUUCAGAUCCCUCUGAUCUGCCCAAGAAUGCCUUCUCUAUCUUCCUCCUGCUGGUUGAACAUCUGUGUGUAGAGCACAUUGACUAUGCCUUGGAGAUCGGACUGGCAGCAAUUCCCUCAUCUGAUGCAAAAAAUGCCAACUUGUAUUUCCUGGAUGUGGUUCAACAAGCAAACUCCAUCUUCCAUUUGUUUGACAAGCAGUUUAAUGACCAGCUCAUGCCCUUAAUAAGCUCCUCUCCAAAGUUGGCUGAGUGUUUGCACAAGAAGAAGGAGGUGAUUGAACAGAUGGAAGUAAAACUGGACACAGGAAUUGAUAGAACUUUAAACUGCAUGGUGGGUCAGAUGAAGCACAUCCUGACAACAGAGCAGAGGAAAACCGAUUUUAGGCCCGAGGAUGAGAACAACGUCAUGAUCCAGUACACUACUGCCUGCUCCAAGGUUUGCGCCUACGUCAGCCGACAGGUGGACCACGUUCGGAAGUCCAUGGAUGGGAAAAACGUAGACACCGUGCUGACGGAGCUGGGCAUUCGUUUUCACAGACUCAUCCAUGAGCAUUUACAGCAAUUCAGCUACAGCUCGAUGGGAGGCAUGCUGGCCAUCUGCGACGUGGCUGAAUACAGACGGUGCGCCAAGGACUUCAAGGUUCCUCUUGUGCUGCAGCUCUUCGAUACCCUCCACGCUCUCUGUAACCUGCUGGUAGUUGCCCCUGACAACCUGAAGCAGGUCUGCUCAGGUGAGCAUCUGACCAAUCUGGAUCGGAACCUACUGCACGCCUUCGUCCAGCUCCGAGUGGACUACCGUUCAGCCAGACUGGCCCGACAUUUCAGUUAAUGACUCUUUAAAGACUUACUGUUCUCCGUCCAGGGAAAAAAAAAAAAAACACAACGAAUGAUACAUCCAGAAAAUACUAAUUGCCAUUUGAUUUGCAUCCAUAAAAUAGAUCAAAAUGACUGGAAAGCCAAUGCUGUCUGAAUGUGGGAAUUUUACCUUUUUUUUUCAUUACUUUGUGAAAGGAUGAAAUUUAAGCAUUCUUUGAUCUUGAAAUAUUGUUUUUAAGUACUAAUCUAUGACAAAUGUGGUAAGAGAAUUACUUAUGUCUGCGCUUGCGUAAAAAAUGUUUUGUUUUGUUUUUGUUUGCUUAUGCCAAAUAUUGAAGUUCUUGAGUUGGACUUGGGCACAGGAUUAAAGCAGCUUUAAAGGGAGAGACUCCGAUCAGUUUGGCUGAUUAAAUCAGACAUCAGCUCUGCACUUUUAACUUCAUAUGGUUAAGACUUAUUACUUUUGAUGAAAUGUAGAAAACAGAAAGUCUGACCAAACUGAAGAUGGAGCCAUGGCUGAUUCUUGCGCUCCAAAAGGGACAUCAAGAACCGGAGCGACUGCAACUCAUAACCUGCUGCUUUCCCCUAUGUGCCAGUUUCUGAGGUGAAAAUAAAACAUUGCAAAGAUAAACCCGAACUCCAACACACCCAGUCUACAUCCGCACCUUAUGUUGAGUAGAAAAUAAAGUCUGAGUUUUUAGUAAGGCAUUAAUCAUCAUGAUUAUUAUCUCAGUUUUUAGCAGUCGGUAUAGCUCUAACUCAGGUAUGUGUCACUAAAACCUGCAUUUCACUUCAGACUAACACACUGUAUGGAUUGUUUUUUACUCUUAUUAAACAUCCAAGCUUUAUUUAUUAGUAAUGCGGUUUAUGUAAUGUUAACAUUAAACAAAGUGGGGGAUGAAUGAGCUUUGAAUUAAAAUUCAUUACAAUAUUAUGUUGUAUUUAUUGCAGCGAUAUAACAAAAUAUUCAAAAGUUCACUGCGUUUAAUAAACUCAUCAUUGCAUCAAUUCAAGGCCUCACCAACAGAUUAAACCAAGUCAUAGAUGCUAUGUCAGUCGAAAAAUAUAUAUAUAUUGAUAUUUAAUAAUGAUUUCAAGGAAAUAACAGCGAUCUUAAAACAGCUUACCGUAAGUAACUAUCCUAACAAAUUGUUGUAUAUUUAGGGGUUUACAAAUAUCAAAUUGAAUGUUUUCCUAAAACAAAAAAUUAUUAAUCUUAUAAUUGUUUAUUAGCCACAUAACACUAGUUGCCCCGCCUUUCUAAUAAAAAGUUGGUUCAAAGGGCCGAUUUUAACUGAGCUGGUGGUGCUUUGCACUUAAUAGGGCAGGUGAGACAGACUUUCCUGUUUUUUGGAGUGCAGCAGCAACAGAUGAGUCAAAUGAUUCACCUCUUCAUCUCAAAGGAGAUGUCAAGAGGUCAUCAUAGCAGCGGUUUGAGCUGAGCAACAAACAGGCGUGAGAAUACCCCCCUCUAGAGGGUUUGGGUGGUCUCCUCGUGGAUCAGGGCUCCGAUGGGUCACUGAGUAUGCGUCUCUGUAAUUGCACAGAUCAACACUUGCUCAUUCAGCGUUGUGCAAAGUCCGAGACAUUGUUCAUUUGAUCUGAAGCAUUUCUGGGUCAGAGGAGGCCAAAAUGUUGAUCUCCAGUGAUUAGGGAAACACAUGAAAUUUAAAAGGCACUUCUUCACACAUGGCUUACCAGAGGUCCACAUUAACUGCCCUCUGCACAAGCAGAAGAAACCCCGAGCCCCUGAUGCCUGGAACUAUUUACUGCUCUCAUUGUAAUGCUGUUUACUGCAAUUAUUGAUUCAAUAAAGAUGAAUUUUCUUAUUAA